UGAAGGCACAAAGCAGAGCCUGGCGCCAGGUCUCCACCCAGAACUGAAGGCACACGCGAUCCAGGAAACAAGCAGACUGCCGGCACUGGUGGGACGCGGAAACUGAGCUGCAAAAGUAGUUCCUGGAGAAAAGGCCGCACCUUGUACUUGAUCAUUUUAAAACGCCAAGGCUGGGGGAGAACGCUCCGAUGCUCCCAGCCCUGGAGGAAGGAGGGAAGACGGACUGGAGAGAGCAGCCUUGGGCCGGGACAGGGACUGAGCGUCACCCAAGGAGAAGGUCCGGUGUGACCCUGACGAGAGGCAGAAAUGGGGAAGAAACUGGAUCUUUCCAAGCUCACUGAUGAAGAGGCCAAGCACGUCUGGGAAGUCGUUCAACGUGACUUUGACCUUCGAAGGAAAGAGGAAGAAAGACUGGAGGGGUUGAAGGGCAAGAUUAAGAAGGAAAGUUCCAAGAGGGAGUUGCUGUCUGACACUGCGCAUCUGAAUGAGACCCACUGUGCCCGCUGCCUGCAGCCCUACCGCCUGCUUGUGAACAGCAAAAGGCAAUGUCUGGACUGCGGCCUCUUCAUCUGCAAAAGCUGCAGCCACAUCCACCCGGAGGAGCAGGGCUGGCUCUGUGACCCGUGCCACCUGGCCAGAGUGGUGAAGAUCGGCUCGCUGGAGUGGUACCACGAGCUCGUGAGGGCCCGCUUCAAGCGCUUCGGGAGUGCCAAAGUGAUCCAGUCCCUCCACGGGCGGCUGCGGGGUAGAGGUGGCCCUGAGCCGAGCCCUGGGGAGAGAAGUGGAGACGGUGAGCAGACAGACGAGGAUGAAGAGCCCGACUCGGAGGCCCCGGCCCAGCCCCUUGGCAGCAAAAAAAAGCGCCUCCUGUCCUUCCACGACCUGGACUUCGAAGCAGACUCAGAUGACUCCACUCAGCCUCAAGGUCGCCCCCUGCACCUGUCCUCCACCCCCACAGCCACGGACAGCCUGCAGUCCCUCACAGACGAGCCCUGCUCGGACGAGGCAGCCCCCCGGACGGCCGCGGGCCUGGAAGAGACUGAUGCCGGGGCCGCUGGGUGCCGUACCCAUCCAGGAGAGCAGCCCGACGGCCUCUGGCCUUCCGGAGAGGACGCCCUCGCUGAGCUCUGCCCGCCUGGAGACCCUGGCAGGAUGGCCCUGGGGAUCGCGGCUGCACCAGGGAGGACCGUCACCGGCAGCCGGCAGCUGCCCCCCCAGUAUCUGGCCGACGUGGACACCUCCGACGAAGAAAGCGUCCGGGCCGGCAGGGCGGCCUCCCACCACCCCAAAAGGAGAGGCCAGACUUCAUCCGAGAGCCAGAUCUUUGAGCUGAAUAAGCGCAUGUCAGCCGUGGAACACCUGCUGACCCGCCUGGAGAACUCAGUCGGGCCUCCCCCACCCAAGAGUCCAGCUGCCGGAGCGCACACGGAUGCCGACGUGGAGGAGGAGACCCUGAAGCGAAAGCUGGAGGAGCUGACCAGCAACAUCAGCGACCAGGGCGCCUCGUCUGAGGAAGAGGAGGGCAAGGAUGACGAGUCAGAGCCGGACAGGGGCACCCCCGUCAGGGCCCUCACCCUGGUGGGCCCAGAGGGGUGCACAGCCGCAGGCCAAGCGUACAGAGGGGACAACGGCCCUUGGGGCCGCGGGGACCCCGCCCGGCACAACAGGACCACAGACGAGGAGCUGUCGGAGCUGGAGGACAGAGUGGCUGUGACGGCGUCCGAGGUCCAGCAGGCGGAGAGCAAGGUUUCGGACAUCGAGUCCAGGAUCGCAGCCCUGAGGGCCGCGGGGCUCACCGUGAGGCCGUCGGGAAAGCCCCGGAGGAAGUCCAGCCUCCCGAUAUUUCUUCCUCGAGUUGCUGGGAAGCUUGGCAAGAGUCCAAGGGAUCCGGACACAAGCCCUCCGGGUGAGGUCAAGGCAACAGCUCUGCCCUAUCUUCUAAGGAGAAAGUUCACUGAUUCCCCAAAAAGUCCAGGCAAAGACGAUGAUUCCUUUGAUCGGAAAUCCAUGUACCGCGGUUCCCUGACUCAGAGAAACCCCAGCGGGAGGAAGGGAGCGGCCAACCACAUCUUUGCGAAACCCGUGAUGGCCCACCAGCACUGACGGGGCAGCUCCAUGGGGCAGGACAGAGAGACAGGGCCACCCUGCACUCGGUUGCCCUCCACCGCGGCCACCGUGUCCCUCAACGGCUCUGCACCUCCUGCUAUCCACGGUCACCUUGCAGUGAGAAACACCUGCCCACGUGGACUCCUACCUGCGAGAUGACAGCAGCUCUCAGUCCUUCGCUGUUCGCCCAGGUUCACUGACUUCCAAGGCCACCCCUGUCAGCCUCUCUGAUGUAGGAGAAACAGCUAAGCUGGUGUGACUCCAGGACAAUGUUGUUUAAACUUUCGAAGGACACGCAGAAGACCUUUUCCACUCCAUCUUUUACCCCUUUCACUCUGGGCUUUGGUAUGUUGCUUUCCGUGAAUGGAAUGGGAAAGAUGACUCGUUAGGGCA